UAGUUAUUAAACGAUUCCGAAUCGAGUAUCGUUCAAAUCCCAUUUAUCCUAUUGGGAGAUUUGUUUUGACAUCACGGUGACGUAACCACCUCGCAACUCCACUUCCGGGAAAAAGAAAACAACAUUUUUGUCAAAAUGGGGCACACAAGUUUAGAAAAAAUCAUUGCACUACAGAAGAAAACAUCAAACAUUAGAAAUAUCUGUAUUUUGGCCCAUGUGGAUCAUGGGAAAACGACACUGGCAGAUUGUUUGGUUGCAAGCAAUGGCAUCAUUUCCACUCGCUUGGCAGGGAAGCUCAGGUACCUGGACAGCCGGGAGGAUGAACAGAUCCGGGGGAUCACUAUGAAGUCCAGUGCCAUUUCAUUACACUAUACAGCAGGAGAGAGAGAAUACCUGAUUAAUCUGAUCGACUCUCCCGGUCAUGUGGAUUUCUCUUCCGAGGUGUCUACGGCUGUACGGCUGUGUGAUGGAGCCAUUGUCAUCGUGGACGCAGUAGAAGGAGUGUGUCCUCAGACACAAGCGGUGUUGCGCCAGGCAUGGCUGGAGAACAUUCGACCUGUGCUUGUUAUCAACAAGAUCGACCGGCUAAUCAUGGAGCUCAAGCUUAGUCCUCAAGAGUCCUACACGCACCUCCAGAAAAUUCUUGAACAAGUGAAUGCUGUGACAGGCACUCUGUUCACUUCUAAAGUGCUGGAGGAGCGGGCAGUGAAGCAGGCACAGGUUGAGGAAGAGCGUCCUGAGGCCGAUGGAGGAGAGCAGGUUUAUGACUGGAGCUCAGGCCUGGAGGAAACGGACGACUCGCAUCUAUAUUUCAGCCCUGACCAGGGCAACGUGGUGUUUGCCAGUGCAAUCGACUCCUGGGGCUUCAGCGUCCGUCAGUUUGCACAGAUCUACAGCCAGAAGAUGGGGAUUCGCUUAGAGCUUUUACAGAAGACCCUGUGGGGGGAUUUCUACCUGAACGCCAAGGCCAAAAAGAUCAUGAAGGGAGCGCAGUCUAAAGGAAAAAAGCCGCUUUUUGUCCAGCUGGUCCUGGACAAUAUCUGGAGUUUAUAUGAUGCCGUGGUCAUCAGAAGAGACAAAGAGAAGGUGGAGAAGAUGGUGACCUCAUUAGGGUUAAAGGUCAUGGCCCGUGACCUUCGUCACUCUGACCCGAAAGUGCUCCUGAGUGCCAUGUGCAGUCAGUGGUUGCCUCUGUCUCAGGCGGUGCUCUCGAUGGUGUGUGAGAAGUUGCCGGCUCCCACUGAGGUGAGCUCUGAGAGGGUGGAGAAGCUGAUGAGCGUGGGCACACGCAGGUUCGACUCCCUGCCUGAAAAAACACAGCAGCUGAAAAAAGCUUUCUUGGAGUGUGCAAGUGAAGAAUCAGCUCCAGUCAUCGUGUUCGUGUCGAAGAUGUUCGCUGUGGACUCAAAGGUCCUACCGCAGAACAAACAGAGGCCCCUGACUCAAGAGGAGAUCGCUCAGCGUAGAGAGCUGGCCAGACAGAGACACGCAGAGAGACAAGCGGCCAGUCAGGGCCCUGAAAACCCAGAGGCAACCAACACCACCAACCCAGGUACUGAUGGCCUGUGCGUGCAGACAGAAGCCCUGACGGUGAGGUCCACAACAGAAGAAGAGGAGAAAGAGUACUUUGUAGCCUUUGCACGUGUCUACAGUGGAGUAGUGCGCAGGGGUCAGAGAGUGUUUGUGCUCGGACCCAAGUACGACCCUGCCAUCACUCUGCAGACGCUGACAGAUGAGUGUUCAGUCCCUGACUCCAUGCCCGCCAUACCCCACAUGGCCUGCUGCACUCUGGAUCGGUUGUAUUUGCUGAUGGGACGAGAGCUGGAGGAACUCGAUGAGGUUCCAGCAGGCAACGUUCUGGGAAUCGGUGGGAUGGAGGAGUUUAUUCUAAAGUCAGCCACCAUCUCGACCUCGGCUGCGUGCCCCCCCUUCACACCACUCAACUUCGAGGCCACGCCCAUCGUCAGAGUGGCGAUUGAACCCAAACAUCCCAGCGAGAUGCCCAAGCUGGUGCGUGGGAUGCGUCUCCUGAACCAGGCUGACCCAUGUGUGGAGGUUUUGAUUCAGGAGAGUGGAGAGCAUGUACUCGUCACAGCAGGAGAGGUUCACCUGCAGCGCUGCCUCGAUGACCUCCGAGAGAGGUUUGCCAAAAUUGAGAUCAGUGCCUCUGCUCCCAUCAUCCCAUUCCGUGAGACUGUGAUCCGCCCACCCAAAGUGGACAUGGUGAACGAGGAGCUUGGGCGCCAGCAGAAGGUGGCAGUGAUCCAUCAAACCAAAGACGAACAAACCAAACUCCCAGAAGGGGUUCAGAUAGAUUCAAGCGGCCUGGUGACCCUCACCACCCCCAACAAAAUGGCCACAAUUGGAGUUCGGGCCAUUCCUCUACCUGAGGAAGUGACCAGGCUGCUGGAGGAGAACGCAGAGCUUAUCCGAACCAUGGAGCACUUCAACCUGCAGGCACGAGAGGGCAAAGCUUUAGAGAUUAGUUCAAAAACUCUGGAGGAAAUACGUGACUUAAAGAAUGAAUUAGAAAAGCACCUUCAGGGCCGCAAGUGGAGGAAUGCAGUGGAUCGAAUCUGGGCUUUUGGACCACGUCGCUACGGCCCUAACAUUCUUCUAAACAGUGUUGAGGGAUACCAAAGAUCAUCGGUGUGGCAGUUUCUCAAUUUAGAGAAGGAGAAAAGUGAAGGCACCAUGCUGCGAGACUUCGAUAACAGCAUCGGUAGUGGGUUCCAGCUGGCCACACUUUCAGGCCCCAUGUGUGAGGAGCCGCUGAUGGGCGUCUGCUUCUCUGUGGAGAGCUGGGACAUGAAAAUCCCAUCUCAGACAGUGCAGAAGGACUCACAGGAUGACUCUAUUUCUCAGCAGAGUUUGGAGGCAAAUAAUAAUGAAUGUGAGCUUGGAGAAGACAGUGAGGCACAGAGCAGGCGUCGAGACAUGGCCGACUGCUACGGGCCAUUUUCUGGUCAGCUCAUUGCUUCCAUGAAAGAGGCGUGCAGGUACGCCUUCCAGGCAAAACCACAGCGCCUCAUGGCUGCCAUGUACACCUGUGAGAUCAUGGCUACAGCUGAGGUCUUAGGGCGUGUGUACGGUGUCCUCUCCAAGCGUGAAGGACGUGUCCUCAAUGAGGAGAUGAAGGAGGGAUCAGACGUGUUCAUCAUCAGAGCCAUACUGCCGGUGGCAGAGAGCUUCGGAUUCGCUGAUGAGAUCCGCAAGAGGACGAGCGGCCUGGCAAGCCCUCAACUGGUGUUCACUCACUGGGAGGUCAUCUCCAGCGAUCCGUUCUGGGUGCCCACUACUGAAGAAGAAUAUCUCCACUUUGGAGAAAAGGCAGAUUCAGCUAAUCAGGCACUGAAGUACAUGAAUGCCGUUCGGAGACGCAAAGGGCUUUACGUGGAGGAGAAGAUCGUCGAACAUGCUGAGAAACAACGGACUCUCAGCAAGAACAAAUGAACUCUCCUUCACAGACAAUUAUUCCCUCAUGUUUGAAAAUUUCCUCUUACCUUGUAAUGCUUUUCAGCUGAAUGGGUGGGUAAAGUCUAACAUUGUCCUGAGUUCCAGAUAGAUAGUUUAGUAGCUACUUUAUUACAACAAACCUUCUGUGUAAAUGAUAGUACAUAUAUAAAUAGCAGUCUGGAUUAUUACAUCGAUACAACUCUGGCAUAAUUGCUAUAAAAAUUCUGUGAAAAUUUGAAAACCAUGGUGGACAUAACUGGAAGUACUGUGGAAUAUUUUAGUAUAAUGUGGUCUUUUUUUUAAAAUUCAGCAUCAUGAUAAUAUCCUAAUGUGUUAUAAAGGCGUAGGCAAAGAUAACAUGACAGUUUCAUAUGGCGUGUACUUCAUUUACACUGAGUUUGUGUACAUGUAGCUAAUAAAUGAUAGUAGUCAUAAUGUUGGACUGAACUGUGUAGGACCUUUCUGACAGAAAUUUCUUGACUGAUUUGAAGUUUUAGUAUUAUAUAUUAAACAGCCUUCGAGAUAA